CGCUCAAACCCCUGCAAGAGUUUGGCAGUUUUGCUACAGUUCCUAAUUGAUCCCGGAGAGAACCGGAAGUUAAUAACCUGAAAAUUUUCUCCGCGUCCUGACUCCGGUGGGUUGCACACAUAUCAAGAGAAACUCAACCCAUCCUUGUCCAAAGAUAACUCUGAAAAUGGAUUCUCGUGAAGAAACCAAAGUUGCUGGAAUCUGUGAGAGUUUCCAAAUGGGCGGAGAACGAAGUGAAAUCUCCGCCCUGCAGGCGAGGCGGAGGUUUAUGAUCACGGACAUAUUAAACAGCAGCCUAGAGAGCAGAGAUCAGAAAGGAUUAGAUAUGCGCCUACUGUUUCCUCGUCUUCCUUUAAACCUUAGCUCCGACCCGGAGAAGGCGGAUACAGAGACAGAUACAGAUAACGAGGCGGAGGAGGAUGGAGAGGCGGAUGAUGAGAAAGGUCAAGACUUAUCAGGUUCGAACCACUCCUCCUCGUCUUAUUCGAAGAAACAGAGAAAAGCUCGAACUGCGUUCUCUGAUCACCAGCUUGGAACUCUCGAGACAUCGUUCGAGAGGCAGAAAUACCUCUCGGUCCAGGAUAGGAUGGAGCUGGCAGCUAAACUAAACCUAACAGAUACUCAGGUUAAAACCUGGUAUCAAAAUAGAAGGACAAAAUGGAAGCGCCAGACUGCUGUUGGCAUAGAGCUGCUAACAGAAGCUGGAAAUGUUGCAGCUCUACAGCAGAUGUAUCGAGGACUAGGCUAUUCCUGGCCUAUCAACCAUCCAUCCUUUCCUCCCUCUCUCUCCCCCUUGUCCACCCUAGAUAUGUAUUACAGGCAAGCCGCCGCGGCCCAUUCUCUUCAACGUCCUUUUCCUUAUAAACUGCUCCCAGGGGGAGGAGGAACCCCCCUCCCACCCUCUCCUCAUCCCUCACUUUUCUCAUCCUCUCCUCUCCUCCACCCAUCACACCUUAGCUCUCACCUACCUCCCCUCUCCCUCCCUGCAGCAUCUACCGCCCUGCAGGAAAUGACGUCAGAACGGUUUCAUUCUCCUCCCUCCUCUCCUCGAUCUCCAUGUCCCUAUCCAUCCUCCUCUCCUCCUCUCUCCCUGGUCACAUCCUCAUCUCCAACCCGUCAAAUAUCUCCGGAACCUCGGUAAUCCAGGAAUACAAGUUCUUCCAAGUUUCUCCAUGUGUCAGAAUAAACAGAAGUCAAUGUCGGCGCUUCCUCAGCUCAAGGGAUAGGAAACCCUCCUAGUCAUCCUAUAGCAGGAUAAAAAGAGCGCUCAUACAUCUCGUUUCUGAGAUGGUGUAGAGAGCCGACAUUAAUUGACGAUUAUAAUGGGUUAGGAAGGUUCCCAAGAUUCCCGACUAGUCAUCAUAUUAAAUUAUUCUCAUGUUUUUAUAAGCUGCUCCAAACCAUGCUGCUGACUGUAUUAUUAUUCAGCUGAGAUUUUGACAAAUAAAUUUAAUGUUAAAUGUUUAA